AUGUCAAAUGUCGUGCAGGAGGAGUACCCCGAGGUUCUCCUGAGUAUCCUAGAGGACUUGGCUGCAGUGAGGCAGUGCUUGAGCUUCCAGGACCUGUGCCGUUUGGUGAGCUCGAGGUUUGCUCUGGAGCACCUCUUGGAGCUUCGGUCUCUGCUAUUCAAUGCCGCAUCCCGUGACCCAUGUUUUCCCGCCACGUUGUUCCGAGAACGUGUCACCUGUAGGAGGCAGCGGCUCUCGCCCAUCGCCGUGGCUGCCGAUAUCAUCACCAUCUUCAACCUCAUCCAGAUGACAGGGGACAGGUCCGAGCCACCACAGCCAAUCAGGACACAGACGCCGAUGCCAGUUGAUCAAUCAACAGGGCCCACACUGCCAGGAGUGCACCAUCUGAGCACGCCCAGGAGAGAGAGAGUCCGUGCUCACUCUGACUCUAGUGGGCGAGGUCUGGAGCACUUGCCCCUCCCCCGACAUGGGUACUCUGCUCGGAAACGCGGCAGUUUACCUCCAGACCCUCUGUCUGUGCUGCUCUCGCCUCCACCCACCCGAGCACGGUCCGUGUCCUUCGACCUGCCCCCCACUACCGUUCUGUACCCGCCCGGGCACCCUGGGACCAUGAGAAGCCUCUACCUACCCCUGGAAACAGAUAGCGAUUCCAGCGAGUCGACCCACGCAGACGUGUUUGAACCUGAGCCAGAAACCUCCAUAGGCCAAAAGAGGAAAAUUUUUAAAAAGGACUUCCACAACCAACCACCACUAAUCCCACAGGUCACAGUCCAAAGUGAAUCCCCAAGUCCAACGGUGAAGACUGGAUUUGACAACCACAGUUUUGAGAUGAUCCCAAACCCAUACCCCUCCCCCGCAGUGCCCCAUCUCUCUCUCCAAGACACCAAAAACUCUAAAAACAACAAACAAACCAAGCACGAAAGCCUCGAUGACCUACAGGACUCCACCUACUUUGGCCCAGGAUCAGUACCCGAGUCCUGGUCUCCGCGCCAUCUUCACCCGCCACCCCAAAAGUCCCUCUGGAGUAACAGGAGCCACAGUUUGGAGGAUCGGAUCGGCACCAGCCUAAAUCCAAAUGCUCCUCUCAACCCAAAACUGAGACAGCCCCUAAGAAGGUCUAGCCACCACAAUGUACUCGGGAAACUGUCUCCAGGAAGGGGGUGUGCGGAGGUUGUACCCAAAGAGGGGGAGGAUUUUCGAGCACAGGCCACUCAGACAGACCCACCUGACCCACGACGGCUCCGCAGCCUGGUGCAUGCCGACCGACUGUCCUUUAUGACCUCCUUAGAUGACCCAGAUCUGUGUGAGGACGAUAUUAGCGCCAUCUUCAGGUUUUUAGAUGACAUUAGUAUGUGUGGCUCCACAGGAGUCCUCCAUGCAGACGGGGGACUGAACCAGGACACUCCCGAGGCACGCCGAGGCCGUCUGGGUCAGCUCUCACGCCUCUUCCACUCAUUAGAAAGCAGCGACGAUGGUUUGAAGGCCAGCGUCUGUAAGCUCCUGUUACGAAUGAGCCAAAUUGAACGGCAGCUGGAGUCACUGGCAGAGGUGAAGUCAGAGAUCUCCCAAGUGCUCUCGGCUUUGCAACGACUGGACGAGAAGAUUCAACAGCCCCUAACUACUGGAGGGCAUGUGGGCAGCAGCUCCAGCCGAUGGUUAGAGCCUCUGAGUGGGGUCAGCUCCUUCAUGAGUCACCCUGUCACUCCGUCAGAAAGCUCCGAACCUCAGCCCUUGUCUGUCUCCGGGCACCUGUCGGAGGACUUGUCAGGGCACCUGUACCCGGGCACCAGCAGCAGCAGCCUGGACUGGAGCAGGUGGAACUGCCCCACUCUUGCAGAAGGAUCCAAGGGUCAAAUGGUGGAGAGAAAAGAAAGUUUAUCGCAACGCGCCUCGAAAAAUGAAGAAAAAGAUGAGACAUCUGCUUUAAACCUGAAGACAUCUGCACGAGACUGGAAAAUGUACAAAAGCAGUGAGAGCAAAGCGGCCAAUGGAAAACUGGGACAGGUGGAGCAGUCUAGUAGCACCACAAAUCUGCUGUCCUCCAACCUGAUGGAUCAGAUGUUCAAUUCCUCCAUGUUCAGAGGGCAGGGGGCGUUGUCCUCCGAGGGCAGAGGAGAGAGAGGAGCCAGAGCCGUGUGGACAGUGGAUGAGCGAGAAGCACGAGUCUCUCCCCUAGAUCUACAGGGGCAGGACCCAUUGGACCCCACUCAGCUGGAGUUCUGGAUGGAUGACCUUUAUACUCAAGGGCAGGGCGGGCUGCUUCAGAGAAGCCUGGAGCUGAGGAGAUCAAAGCUCUGCAAAGUGACUGCUCUGCUACUGACUGCUAUGGCCAUCGUCCUGAUUAUCACUGUGCCCCUGCUCACUGUGGGCUGACAGGGGUCAAGCUCUAUGGAUGUGACACACUGAGGUCUGCUUUAAACCUGCACACUUAC